GCAGAGCUCUAGCGGUGGCCGCGCGGUCCAAUGGGGUGAAGUGGGGUGCUCGGCGGACAGACAAAAGGAGGGGAAGGAGCGGGGCGGGGCAAAGGGCGGGGAAAGAGCGAGGGCGGGCGGGUGUGCUCCGUUCGGCCUGGGAAUCCGAUUGGUUAUCGAUUCCCGCGGAAAUCACCCCGGUGCCUCUCGCGCCCCCUGGCCGGCCUAUGGCGAUGACUUCACGGAGACGGGCGUGGCUGGAGUUUUGCUUUAUUGAAGUUGAACAGUUGGGGCCAGGCUGCGAAGGAGACUGAGAGCGCAACAAGGCCCUGGACAGAUGCCCGCGCGGGGAAGGAAGGCUGGCUUAGGAGGGGGCGUCAGCUAUGGUUUAGCAGCUUCCAGCGACCGAAACCUACAUCACAGCCGCAGCACACAAUUCCAGGAAACCUGGUGCUCAAUAUUGAGAUCUCAGGAAUCAGGACCGGCGGCUGGGGUGAAAGCCUAGCGGUCAGAGCUUAGGAGUGAGGCAGAAGCUGUUAGAGACUCCUCGCAAGUGACCCCGGGGCUACAUAUGGAUGAUUCAAGAGGGAGUCUCCUCGCCAGAAAGCUCACAUGUUUCACUCUUUCUGGCCUUCAUACCAACCCAUUGUUAAAACUGGAAGUCCCUCCACCUGGGGCCACUGACUCUACUGUUUUCAGAUAGGAUGGGGACCCUGCACUGGAGACUGCUGUCUAGCCCCUGGGCAGGAGAGGCACAGACACUGCUACGCACGCGGAGCAGGGAUCACCAGCGCUUUGACUGACUUUGCUCGUCCAGGAGGCUGGGGACAUGCGUGCCCAUGCUCAGCCCACCCCUUCUGUAGACACAAUUGGUCGCCCAUUCUGUUUAUAGGAAGUCUUCCAUCCUGCACCAGCAGCUGUCCCUAGACAGGGAUUGGGAGACAUGCAAGUUGCUUGGCUUCCUAUUACCUUGUGUUGAAAACACAAUAGGCUUUGGGAUCAGGAGUUCAUUCCAGUUAUUCUAAUGUUAUUUACUAGCAGUGUGCCCUCGUGCACAUUAUCAAACUCCUCUGACUCUUGGAAUCCUCAUUUUUCAAUAAUAACUCACAAAGCUGUCAAGCCUAAGGGAUCUAACAGCUCGAACAGCACCUGGAACAGAAGCAAUAGCCGCCACUCAGAGGUUACUUCUUCCUUCUCCACCUUCUCUGGAUCACCUCCCUACCUCAUCCUCAAUCUAACGCUGGAAAUAUUGGAUAUGGGGUAGGUCACCAAAUGUUGCCAGAAGACUCAAAUUAUGCCACCCAUAUCUCAGCUGGGAAGGGCUUACCGUGGCCUGACUCUCCUCAGGGUCCAAGUCCCCAUUUAUGAUGUCCAGGUAGAAACACUUGUUUCUGACACAUAGUAGGCGCUGGAAAAUGUUAGUCAAAUGAACGAGGUCUGGUGUGGAGAGAAGAGAAAUCUUGGGAGAGUCAUUUAAGGGGGUGCCCAGUUGUCCUCAUAAAAAACACUAUCAUCAUCAGGGUGACCAAAGCAGACAUCAUAGGCAGGAGGUGGAGUCAGAGGCUCUAAUCUGGGGACUGCCGCCAAGCUCUGCAGAUCAGGAGCAGUGGACACAGCCCGUGGUCCCCGAAGCCGAAGGUUGAUUGGAGCUCUUCCAGGGCUUCCUUCCUGGGCCAUGGACCCCUCUGAGGCCAUUCGCCUCUGUUCCAGUUUGGCUCUCCUGGACCCCUCUGGAUGGCUAGGUUGUUCGUCCUCAGGUGCUGGGGAUAUCACAACAGUGCUGUAGGGGGGUGGUUGGUCCAACUCUUGGGGGCGGCACUGGGAUUCUAGUCCCACCACGGCCUCUUCAUAGACUGGCACUUCAAAGGCUUCAUUGUCCCUGAGGGAAGAGAAAUAAGGCCAUUGGUGGCUUCCGUGAAAGAAGCCCUUUUUCCCUUUUUUUUGUCUGCUAUGGGCAAAAGAUCCUCUGUUGGCCUCUGACCCCUCCUCCCGCUGAUGCCAAUGACAGGAAACCAGAGACUCUAUGCCUCAGAGACUACAGGGAGAGAGGGAGGAUGGGCCCAAGGUGUAUUCCUCUUAUGAUGCCCACCCUUAACUCACCGUGCAUUGCCUGAGGGCCCUGGGCUCUCAGUCUGCAUUGAUUGGAGCUGGGACCGAAGCCCCCAUUCCAGAAACCGGACCAGGAGAUAGGCAAACAAGAAGAAGCCACCCAAUGUGAGAAAGAAAUAAGCAACGGGGGUGAUGUCCGUCUUUAUGCCCAGCAAAGCCAGCCCCAGUAGGAAGGAGGCGCAGCACAGGAGGAGAAGCGGCUUCUCCAGUCUCCCCAGUUCUUCAAUCUCAAAUCAAAUAAAUCAUCUGUAGAGUCCCCUCCAGUUCCGAAAUUCUCUCUAUGUCUCGGAGUGUGUGGAAUAGCCAGGAAACCAGCCCAGGAGCUUUGACUCCCAGCCAUUCUGCACCUUAAGCAAAAAGGAAGUUAGCCACACAUGGUGGCUCAUGACUGUAGUCUCAGCUACAUGGGAGGCAAGGCAAGAGGAUCUCUUGAGCCCAGGAGUUCGAGGCCAGCCUAGGCAAUGUAACAAUGUACUGAAGAUACAGCAGUAAACAGAGUGGACAUGGUCUCCCCACUAUGGAGCAUAUUUGAUGAAGACCGAUGUUACCAUACGCUAUAAAACCAGCUCCUCUGGGAGGACAUUUCCCUUCUUCGCCAUGAGUGGGGAUUGCAGCAACUUGUUCUGGCCCCUGUGCAUGGCUCAGCACUAGCAGGACAGGAGGUAGCCUCAGCGGAGCCCUAGAGAACAUGAGAAGAGGCGACGAAGCCCCUCUGUAAAGUGCAGGAGCAAACCUUCUCUGAGACCAUGUGUAUAUGACAGUGGCAUCCUAAUGAUCGUCUUGAGAAACCAAGAAGACAUUCAGAAGAAAUGAGAGAAGGAAGAAUAUUUUAGAAAUAAAGGAACUUCAUGGGCAGAGUCACAGUGCAAGACAAAAGGAGCAGACCAACGGCAAGAUUGCUUGGGGAGCGAAGACUCCCUCCCUCUUCUCCCCUGAGAAGCUGAGAUAAAGGGGGAGGAGAAGCCUGGGUGCCCCCCACUGAUAAGCAGGCUCCACCCAGAGGCCAGUCCUGUGUGUCUGAGGACAAGGCAAAAGAGCAGCAGAAGUGCCCCUUCUCCAGGAUCAAGGAACUGGGGCAGGGGGCGUUUCCUGGACCCCAGUCCUCCGAAUCAGCUCCUAGAGUGGAACCAGGAAGGAUUCUGGAGCCACAGAAGAUAGACAGAUGGAAGGUGGGGACCAAAGUGAGGAAGAGCCGAGGGAACGCAGCCAGGCAGGUGGAAUGGGAACUCUCUGGAGCCAAGAGAGCACUCCAGAAGAGAGGCUGCCCGUGGAAGGGAGCAGGCCGCCCGUGGAAGGGAGCAGGCCAUGGGCAGUGGCCAGGCGGGUGCUGACAGCUAUCCUGAUUUUGGGCCUGCUCCUUUGUUUUUCUGUGCUUUUGUUCUACAACUUCCAGAACUGUGGCCCUCGCCCCUGUGAGACAUCUGUGUGUUUGGAUCUCCGGGAUCAUUACCUGGCCUCUGGGAACACAAGUGUGGCCCCCUGCACUGACUUCUUCAGCUUUGCCUGUGGAAGGGCCAAAGAGACCAAUAAUUCUUUUCAGGAGCUUGCCACAAAGAACAAAAACCGACUUCGGAGAAUACUGGAGGCCCAGAAUUCCUGGCACCCAGGAUCUGGGGAGGAGAAAGCCUUCCAGUUCUACAACUCCUGCAUGGAUACACGUGCCAUUGAAGCUGCAGGGACUGGUCCCCUCAGACAAGUUAUUGAGGAGCUUGGAGGCUGGCGCAUCUCUGGUAAAUGGACUUCCUUAAACUUUAACCAAACGCUGAGACUUCUGAUGAGUCAGUAUGGCCAUUUCCCUUUCUUCAGAGCCUACCUAGGACCUCAUCCUGCCUCUCCACACACACCAGUCAUCCAGAUAGACCAGCCAGAGUUUGAUGUUCCCCUCAAGCAAGAUCAAGAACAGAAGAUCUAUGCCCAGAUCUUUCGGGAAUACCUGACUUACCUGAAUCAGCUGGGAACCUUGCUGGGAGGAGACCCAAGCAAGGUGCAAGAACACUCUUCCUUGUCAAUCUCCAUCACUUCACGGCUGUUCCAGUUUCUGAGGCCCCUGGAGCAGCGGCGGGCCCAGGGCAAGCUCUUCCAGAUGGUCACUAUCGACCAGCUCAAGGAAAUGGCCCCUGCCAUCGACUGGUUGUCCUGCUUGCAAGCGACAUUCACACCGAUGUCCCUGAGCCCUUCUCAGUCCCUCGUGGUCCAUGACGUGGAAUAUUUGAAAAACAUGUCACAACUGGUGGAGGAGAUGCUGCUAAAGCAGAGGGACUUUCUACAGAGCCACAUGAUCUUAGGGCUGGUGGUGACCCUUUCUCCAGCCCUGGACAGUCAAUUCCAGGAGGCACGCAGAAAGCUCAGCCAGAAACUGCGGGAACUGACAGAGCAACCACCCAUGCCUGCCCGCCCACGAUGGAUGAAGUGCAUGGAGGAGACAGGCACCUUCUUCGAGCCCACGCUGGCGGCUUUGUUUGUUCGUGAGGCCUUUGGCCCGAGCACCCGAAGUGCUGCCAUGAAAUUAUUCACUGCGAUCCGGGAUGCCCUCAUCACUCGCCUCAGAAACCUUCCCUGGAUGAAUGAGGAGACCCAGAACAUGGCCCAGGACAAGGUUGCUCAACUGCAGGUGGAGAUGGGGGCUUCAGAAUGGGCCCUGAAGCCAGAGCUGGCCCGACAAGAAUACAACGAUAUACAGCUUGGACCGAGCUUCCUGCAUUCUGUCCUGAGCUGUGUCCGGUCCCUCCGAGCUAGAAUUGUCCAGAGCUUCUUGCAGCCUCGCCCCCAACACAGGUGGAAGGUGUCCCCUUGGGACGUCAAUGCUUACUAUUCGGUAUCUGACCAUGUGGUAGUCUUUCCAGCUGGACUCCUCCAACCCCCAUUCUUCCACCCUGGCUAUCCCAGAGCUGUGAACUUUGGCGCUGCUGGCAGCAUCAUGGCCCACGAGCUGUUGCACAUCUUCUACCAGCUCUUACUGCCUGGGGGCUGCCCCGCCUGUGACAACCAUGCCCUCCAGGAAGCUCACCUGUGCCUGAAGCGCCAUUAUGCUGCCUUUCCAUUACCUAGCAGAACCUCCUUCAAUGACUCCCUCACAUUCUUGGAGAACGCUGCAGACGUUGGGGGGCUAGCCAUCGCGCUGCAGGCAUACAGCAAGAGGCUGUUACGGCACCAUGGGGAGACUGUCCUGCCCAGCCUGGACCUCAGCCCCCAGCAGAUCUUCUUUCGAAGCUAUGCCCAGGUGAUGUGUAGGAAGCCCAGCCCCCAGGACUCUCACGACACUCACAGCCCUCCACACCUCCGAGUCCACGGGCCCCUCAGCAGCACCCCAGCCUUUGCCAGGUAUUUCCGCUGUGCACGUGGUGCUCUCUUGAACCCCUCCAGCCGCUGCCAGCUCUGGUAACUUGGCUACCAAAGAUGCCACAGCACAGAAAUAUCGACCAACAGCUCCCUGGUCACAUCCAUGGAAUCAGAGCAAGAUUUCCUUUCCGCUUCUGUUCCAAAAAUAAAAGCUGGCACUUGGCUUCCGCUUGUCUCUUAA